GAAGAGCGGCAACAUUCUUCUCAUCCUAUCUCCUCCUCCACCUCCGUAUCGGACUCUCCUCCAUCCAUAAUAUCUCGACGGUCCCCCCCUCAAAAAUAAAACCGUUUGGCGCCGAUCCACCGUUUUUCCACCACUAAUCUAUUUUUGAGAUUUUUCCACCCUCGCAAAUCCGGCAAAGACGGUGGAACGAUGGAAUUCGGCGGACCGAUGUGUUGUUGUUCGACCAACGACUGUUGAUCCGUAGAAACGUGCAUCUUCACCUAUUCGGCUGGAGAGGGUGGCUGUCCCCGGAUUCCAGGAGAUUCGCAGACGAUAAAUUGACAGAUGCAGUCAGAGAGUCGUUUGCACAGGGCAGUGUUGUUGUCUUCCGUGUAACACUUGUUAUAAGUGAAUUUUUUUUUCUCCAACAUUAUACGAAACUCGUUCCAUUUGCUUUUGGAAUUAUUAUUAUUUUUUUGCUCUUUAAGAUUGCGCGCGUUAAUCGAGUAUUAUCAAGUGUUGCCAAACUAUAAAAGAAAAAUAUAAUACUUUUCUUUAUACUGCACUUGUUGGACAAAAGAAAAGAAAGUGAGUAAUUUGAAAAAAAGAAGUAAAAAGCUCAUUUUUUCAUAUGAUGAAAUAAAUCGUUUGUCAUUUUUCUUAUAGAUUACUUUUGAUACAUACGAAAAUUUGCUUAACGCAAUUUCUUGCAAAGUUGAAUAACUAAAAUAAACUUUCUUUUUGAGUGUCUUUAUUUAUUAAGAAUGUUUGAUAUUUAAAAAUUGUAUAUGCAGUAAAUUAGAAACAAUAUCUUUUCAUUUGAGUAUCGAAGGUAAAGUUUCAAGAAUUUCGCAAUUACAAAUCCUUAUUAUUUUUUGGAAAAAAGCAUCUUGCAAUUUAAAAGUGAUAACAACAAAUCUUAGCAAGCCGAAGAAAAAAUUCGAAGGCAUUUCAUGGGAACAUAUCGAGAGCUUUGAACAAUUCUUUCCUUUCAUUUGUGCUUGCAAUUUUCUAAAUAAAGGGCAAACUUUCUUGUGAUCAGUCUAUUUUGUCAAAGAAAUUAAUAAAAUUGACAAAGAAAAAAAAAACUGUUUUGAAUAUUCGCAUUUUGAAAAAAAUUGAUUUGAGCUUUUUAGGAACACUUGUUGAUACAAAUAUCUUUUUUUUUUCAUUUGGGACAUAAUAUUACCCCUUGGAGUUUGACUUUUCCGAAGUAAGCUAACUAUCAGCAUUGCGUGGCAUUCAAGCAAUUAUAUUAAUAAACAGUUUAUCGAUUUAUAGAAUUGAUUUUUUAUUGAUCUGAAAUUCUAGUGAAAAGCAGAUGACCGUGUCCUGCAUGGUCUUUCAUACAGUUUAAAAUCUUACGGCGAGUAAAAUCUCAUGGUUCGAUUUCUCAUUGAGGCUGGUUAACUAAGGUUUCAAAGUGGAGUCUGGUACCGAAGAACCGGGCUCAGCCAUGGGUAAAGUGCCUAAAAAGGGCCGGAAGAUGUUCCAGAAAAGGAAAUCUUCGGGCACAGUGACUUCUUUCAAAAAACUUCAGCUGUCCCUGCUGAAUACCGAUAUUAUGAGGAAGGCGUGCACAGGAAGAGCUUCGAAUACCCUGCUGCCAAAGAAACCUAUUGAACUCUCAAGAUUUCCAGAAUAUAUGGAAAUGAUCCGGAAAUAUGACGUCAUUUUGAGGACUGAAUUUCAAGUGUCAUCUAAAGGAGAAUCGCACAGCACACGGCAUGCAUCCAAAGCAGCGAACGAAAUCAAAAACAGUUACAAAAAAUUGGUACCCUUUGACUACAAUCGAGUUGUGCUAGAACCUCUUCCCGGCAUUCCUGAUUCUGAUUACAUAAAUGCUUCUUAUAUAGACAGUAUUUUGAAGCCCAACGCUUACAUAGCUGCCCAGGGACCCAAUGAAUUUACGAUAUCGGAUUUUUGGAGAAUGGUUUGGGAGCAAGAAUCCUAUGUCAUUGUUAUGCUGACGAAAGUUUUUGAUUUUAUCAGGGUUAUGUGUGUGCAGUAUUGGCCCACAGAUCUGGAUAAACCAGAAGAAUAUGGGAAUCUGGAGAUAACUUUAUUGGCUGAAGAGCAGCUGGCGAAUUUUUUCAUCAGGACUGUCAAAAUAAGAAAGGCAGAUGAAGAGCGCGAAAUCGUUCAACUGCAUUACACCAACUGGCCGUCGCACACUUGCCCUUUUCCCAGUGCACUGCUGGAGUUUCGCCGGAGGGUUCAAGUGUACAUGAUGCGCUACCCAAGUACUGGUCCUGUCGUGGUGCACUGCAGUGACGGCUGUGGGCGAACGGGGACCUACUUGUGCAUUGAAGCCAAUCUCGAGUUGGCUGAAGAAGAUUCUUGCUACGAUGUGUUUGGAUACGCCAAGAAGCUCAGGGCAUCUAGAAGAGGAAUGAUUGAAACUCUUGAACAUUACAAAUUCAUUUACGAUGCCCUGGAGGAGGCCAACAUUUGCGGAUCCACGUGGUUUCCAGUGAACGCUCUUUCUCAGCAGCUCAAAUACAAAUCCAUGAAAAAUCCAGUCACGAGAAUGAACGAAUACCAAAGAGAGUAUCAGAAAAUUUGCAAGAACUCGUCGAAGCUAUCGAUCGGCGACUGCGCCGGUGGACACAGACCAGAGAACCGAGACAAAAACAGAGAUGUCUCCAUCGUGCCACCUGAUAACUUCCGGCCCUAUUUGACGUCUUUCCAGAGCAACGAUAACACUGAUUACAUCAAUGCAGUUUUUGUUGACGGUUAUACACGCUCAAAGGAAUACAUAGCCACAGAGUGGCCUCUUCAGAGGACCAGUCAGGAUUUCUGGUCUCUGGUGUACGAUCAUGAUUGCAAUACAGUGGUCGUUCUUUGCAAUCCGCCAGCAUCCAGCACCUAUCCACCAUUUUGGCCAUCGGAAAGAGAAAAGAAGAAGAAGUAUGGCCCGGUAUUUACGGUGGAAUUAGUUUCUUCGAAUCACUAUCCAAAUAUUAAGACGUGGAUUUUUAAGAUUUUGAAAAGAGUUGUGUCUCUCACAGAAUUGAUGGCUGGCGUGAAGGCCGAGCCGAAGACCACUCAGGUCUUCCAGAUCACCUGCUGGCCACUGGGCCACAAAGUGCCCACCUCCACCAACGCUGUGGUGGAGCUCAUGAACAUGGUGGAGCGGUGGAGGCAGCGGUCAGCCUACGGACCGGUCAUCGUUCUCUCAACAAACGGCAAGAGCCGCGUGGGAGUGUACUGUGCAGCUUGCGUCGCAAUCGAGCAAGUCAUUCAACACGGAGAAGUGGACGUUUUCCAAGCAGUCAAAACAGUGCGUCGGCACAGGCCGCAACUAGUGGAAAACAUGACGGAAUACAAAUACUGCUACGAUCUCGUACUUCACUAUGUCCUGCACUACUUGAACAGUCUCUAAGGCACUCUUUUCGCCACACUGGAGGUCCAAUGUUUGAUAUGACGACAGACUCUUUGAUACACCGUAGACGACCAACCGAAGCCUCUUAUCUAAGCAAGAGGAUAUAUUUUGCACUCAAUUUUGAUAUUGCACUCUCUUCCAAUAAAUAAACUUAUCCUCCUGUUACACGGUGAGCCAUCGAUGUCCUCCGCCUCCUGCUUUCUCUUGUUAUAGAGGUGCAAAGUUACGUUUCUCCUGUCAUUCCGACGCGUCUCUAGUUUAGAUUUUAUUUAUUAUUUUGUACUAGAUAUUGUUGAUUUUUUUUCUCUCUCUCUCUCUCAUUCAUACUCGAAAGUGGUGGUGCCGAUGGGAAAGUUCAUCUGGAAGCGGUUGAAGGAUAGCGAGUUUCUAAGCUAAUAAUCGCUGAAUUUUUGUCUUAAAUUGACCAGACGUCCUGGAUUAAAAAGGCAAUCUGAAUUUUUGACUCUUGAUCCCAAGAAUUGAGUAUCUUCAUUUUACUUUCAAGUAUCAGUUGAUUUUCAAAAAAUAUUAAAUAUAUUUCAUUUUCUUAAAGGUUACCUCACCUCUAAACCAGUAAAAAAUUACUUAACUUAUCGGUUUUAAUUUAAUGAUUGUAGUAAAGAGUUAGUCUUAUCAUUACUUCUACUAUGCAUAGAUUUAUCACCUAAGCACGCCAAGAUCUCAAAGGUCAAUUCGAAAGGGAAAAUAGAAAAAGGCAGAGAUGUCCUUCGAGUCAGUUUUUAAGUUUAAUAUAAACUAUUUUAGUGUUUCUAAUUUUCCAUAUUGAUUUCUUCAAUCAUUUGUUGAAUCAUUAUUUGUUUAUUUUAUUUGAUUUUGUCCAAUUCACAAUCCUAUAAAACCUAUCAAUGCAGUUCUCGUCACUUUACUGAAAUGCUAGUUAUUUGCAUUUAAGGUUUAAGAAUUAGUUUGAGAAUAUUACUGAGGAUUCUAUUUUACAUAAUAGUACAAUAUUGUUUAAUCAAGUUUUCACACUUUUUAAUGCAUUUAUGCAAGCAUUUCUUAACAUGAAUACAGAUAAAAAAAAUUAUUGGAAUAUUUAACUUUAAAAUAUUUGCUACGAAUUUUCAAAACAAAAAUAAAAUUCUAUAGUAAUAGCAAAAAUUUGGCAAUUAAUAAAGAUUAGCUUUUAAAAAAUCAAAAUAAUACAAUUAAAUGAAGACUGUAAAAUAUUUCUUGGUCUUAUUAAAGUUCAAUAUAUAAGACCGCACGUUGAUUUCAUUGCACGUGAAGCUCUUAAUAUUGCAUUCUUCAAAAUCAAUUAGAAAUUUAAGAAACUUUUUUUUUUUUGGUUUUGUCUCAAUAUUUUAUGAAUUUAUGCAUCGAUGACUUUGAAACAUAAAUAUCUAUACAAUUAUCAUCAAUCAAAUAAUAAAAUCUCAAAGUUCAAAUCAAUUCAAACUAAACAAAAAUAUCACUAACUGAUGUUUAAAAUUUAUGCUAUAAGCAAAAUCAUUUAACAGAAACUAAAAAUUUAUAAUAAAAUAAAAGAAUUUGAAUUUCAUUUCACUUCAAAUUACUUUUGAAUUAAAAUAAAUUUAAAGCAAAACUAAAUAUUAAUUUCAAAAUUUAUCUUCAUAUUAAAAAGAUACUAAAGGAAUAAAAAAAAAGAAUAAUGUUUUAUUGUUUUAUUUUAUGAUUUUUACUUGAUAAUUCAUCAAAUAUAUCUAUGAUAUUUAAAAGGCACUGAGUUUCUUAUUACGCGUUGUGUUCUAUAAACGAAAUAGUUCGGAGCAUCCAAAAUUCCAACGAUUUUUUUUAAAAAAAUCCAAUGAUGUCAAUUGCAGGCGCUUUUAAAUAGUCAUAAAAUUUUCAAAUCUAAUUUACCUUUCUUCAGAGUUUUUAUCUAUGUUUAGAAACAUCAAUAAAUAGUUUUAAUUCUCAAGUUGCAUAGUUUAAUUUUUAUACCUUUUAAGUACCGUUUUUAUUUCAAUAAAUAAACGUUUUUAUCAUUUCGUGAUUCUAAAUCGUUUCAGUUUUAUAAAAUAUGUAAAUUGUAUUAAUAGCAGACGAUAAUUAUUAAACUACUAACAGCAGACGAUAAUUUUAAAAAUAGCCAAUUUUUGCAUACAGAAAAAUAGAGUAUUACAAUUCUUUAUUAAAUUAAUAUUUUAUGGAGAAAACAUUUUUAUUUAGGGAAAAAAUUUUAUAAUUAUUUGCUUUUUUUAUCAUCCAAAUAAAUUUUUAAUUUCUUUCUGAAAGAAAAAUCAUUUCUCUCCGAAAUCACACAUUACCAAGGCGAUCUUUUUAAAUUUUUUUCUUUGUAAAUACAAGGCAAUAAAGCAGUGAAAUAUUUUCAUCAUUCAACACUUUCAUUGUAGCCUCGCCUGUGUAAAUCGCUUUCUAGAAGAAGAGGUUUGUUUUUAUAUCUUAGUGAGAAUUUAAGGAGGUAGCUGUUUUGAAGGUGAUCGUUGGCUUUCACCUGGGAGACUUAGCAUUAUUGUUAUUUCUAAUGUUUAAAUUUUAUACAUGUUGAUGAAGUUAUUGAAAAGGUCAUUAUUACUUGAGAGGAAUAAAAAUGUGAUGAUCAGUA